AUGGAGCAGCCCAAAAAAGCAAAUCGAAGAAUCCUCUCUCAUAAAGCUUCUGAAGUCUCCAAGCCUUCAUCUCGAUCUCAUGCUAACUCUGAAUUUAUCCCUCGAUACAAAGAAAUAACUCCAGAAGAGAUGGGCAUUUCUUUUUCCAAAGAAAAACUCCUUCUAAGCGGCAUUGGGAGCCCAGAUCAUUACAUCAUAACGCUGGAAUCAGAACAAUCACUAAACCUCUCAAUAACUUCUCGCAAUAAAAUUCCAAUAAGAAUAAUCCCAGACAAAAUUUCCUUGUCCAAAAAAAGUCGAACUGCCGACAUUAUGGUUUUUUCAGACUUGAACUCAAAUCUUGAAGUUGAAAUCCUCCAUAUUCGUGAUGAAACUAAAGAAUCUGUAACAAAAAAAGCUUUCAUUUUAGGCACACAAGGCAUCGAACUACGAACUAAUGGGUCUGAUGAGCAUUAUCAGCUGUCUCACAAAAAUUCUAGUGAGCGAUUUCAAUUGAUGCUGGAAAGUGCAUUGGAAGGAAUAGAAUUUGCCCCAAAAAUUUCGCAAACUUUAAGACCAACACCAGAGGUUGUGAUGGAUAACUUUGAAAUUUUAUGCUUGAAAGGAGACAGUGAUGAGUGUUACCCUGAUUAUCCAUUUUGGGUUGAUAUAGCUGCUGGAGAUCUACAUGGAUUAGCGUGCACUGAAGACGGAAGGCUAUAUUCAUGAGGAACUGGGCCAUUUGGGCAGCUUGGCGUCCCACCAGAAACUUUUGUGAAUCUUCAAAAAGAAAUUAUCUCAGUUAAUGUUAAAAAAUUCUGGCUGAAUAAAUUGCAAGAUGUAAAAAUGCUCGACACUCAGCCACCGAAUUUAAAAGAAUACUUAGAAAAAGACAUAAUUCCUUAUAUUCCAGUAUCUCCUAAGCCUAUUCAUGUUAAUUUUCCUAGUGUUGUUGACGCUGUAGCAUGUGGCUGCUAUCAUUCAAUGAUUUUAUCAGAAGGCCACGUUUACACUUUUGGCUUAGGAGAAGGCGGCAGACUUGGUCUGGGCCACGAAAAUAGUGUCCAUACACCUACUUUGGUCUCUCUUACCAAAAAAUGUAUAAAAAUAACAGCAGGCUAUAAUACAAGUUUUUUCUUAUUAGAAAAUAGAGAAGUUUGAAGCUGUGGAGAUCAUAGCCUUAUCAUUAUCUUAAUUAUUGAGAACCCUCCUGCGAUUCUCGAAGGGCUGUAUUCACUCAUAACGUCCCCAUCACCUGCUCGCCAGUUUGUAAACGAUUUUAGAAAGAGAGCUCCUGCCAGACGAGGGUCUUCACUCGUCAACCGGUAGUUGGAUGAAUUGCGCCACCAACUAUACGCCAAAAAAGGUUGACCACUAUGGAAAAUUUUAAAAUAUUGAAUAGAAAUUCGAAGACAAGGUGUAACUCCUGGUUUCACACUGGGAAUAGUCUCGAUUGGCCAGGAAUAAAUAGUAAUAACUCUGUGGGAGACCUUUUCAAAUUCUUGGUCCUAUUUCCCUCUGAGGCAAAAAAGGUUGGAUAUAGAAGAAGUUGCAGUCGUCUAGCCCGAUAUUGAGCUUCACCAAGCCAGAAAAAGUCCUCAAGCUCCACCCCCCCACACCAUCCCUAUGCAUCGUGUGGGAUGCCAGCUAUCGGAGUUAAGAGUACGGGCUGGAUCGCCACGCCAUUUUAAUGUAUAGUCCUGAAAUUUUUUAGAUCACUAUUGACUAUACAUUUUAAUUUUAAAUUAAUUUUUGCUUGCAGCAUUUUUAUGAAAAAUAAAAAAAAUGAUAAAUCGUUGAUCAUGAUUGUAAGAUGCCUAAUCAGACUUAGACUGUAUAAGACAAGCACCCUAAGCCAUUUUUUUCUGGUCGUAUUCUGCUGGGUACAUUGGCAUAAAUUAUAUAUAGGAGACCAUAGCCAAGGCGCUAAUGGUCAUGACGGAAAUAUAUUAAUUCCCACCAUAAUACCUUUCAUAAAAAAUGCUCAUCAAAUUUCGAGCGCUCAUACUCAUAGUGGAAUCGUAACCCUUGAUGGCACUGCUAUUUUAUUUGGCUGUAAUUCUGAUCAUAAGUUAGGUGGAGAAUCUCCUCACACAUAUGAAACUGUUGGUGGAGAAAAAAUAAGAGGAGUUUACUGUGGAGGUCGACAUACAUGCAUUUUAACUGAGAAUUUAGAUGUCUAUGCAUGGGGCUAUAAUACAUCAGGACAGCUGGGCCUAUCAAGCACAAUGUUUCACACAAUGACUGAUCCUGUAAAAGUAGAAUAUUUAUCAGGAAGAGGAGUGGUCAAACUUGUAUUAGGCUGGGAACAUUCUAUUGCAAUCACUGUUGAUGGGCUGUUGUAUUGCUGGGGAAGUAAUAUGAAAGGGCAAUUAGCUAUUGGCACAAUGGCGAAGGAAUUCAAAAGAGUUGGACUUCCAAGACUAAUUGACCACUUAUUAGGGUGCCCAGUUACCUCUAUUGCUGCCGGGAGAUAUACAAGUGUUUUCCUUACAGCUGAAUCGCAUCCAGAAAGGCAAACAAACAUGUUUAAUCACUGGAAAAAAGCUCUGCUUUGUGAAGAAAGGCAUAUGCAAGAGCUGGCCAAUUAUAGGUUUUCUUUGUUAAUUAGAGAUUUAAAGAGAGACCAACUUGUAAAAAAAGUCCAAAGCGAAAGAGAUAAAGAAUUUUCUAAGGCUGCAAUAUCAGAAAGAGAACAGGCUUCAGUUUUCAAGCCUAAGAAGCCAAGGAAUAAUGAGAAGCGCUUUCAGUUAUUUUAUACUAUGUAUCAGAUUUUCAGUCCUAACUUUUCUUCGCGUGACAUUUUCUCAACAAAACAUCUUAAAAAAUUCUAUCAAAUUUACAACGAAAAAAAACUUACAAAAAUAUUCAAGGAAAUAUCACAGUUCUAAAAUAUUCCGAACAAAUGAUAUGGAGCCAAAUGAGAAAUAUCCUCCUGAAAGCUAUUAUAGCUUUUUGCUUUGAGUGGCGCGGUAUGGGCGCCACUUCGGCAAGCUCCUUCUUCCAGUUGGCCGAGCCAACUCAGGUUGGUUCGACCAACUGGAGAAUUGACAAGUGAGGCCUUUUGGAGAGACUUGCCAAUUCUAGUUGGCCGAACCAACCUGAGUUGGCUCGGCCAACUGGAAGAAGGAGCUUGCCGAAGUGGCGCCCGUACCGCGCCACUCAAGGCAAAAAAGCAUAUAGCUUUUGGGAUGAAGAAUGCCACAAUGUGGAGACCUUUGAAGACAGAAAAGUAUAUAAAUUUCCUAAUCCAAAAUACUAUAAGCAAGAAAGAAAGCACACUGUGACAGUAUUUAAUGGUCCGAAAAAGCAAAAAAGUGAAAGACCUAAAUCGAGUGAUAAUAUUGAUUUAAGGGAUAUUGUAGCUGUGGCAAGCAACGAAGGUGCGCAACUGGAUCCAAGGCUCAUGGUUAGUAACAGGGAUAGUUUAGAAAGCCCACCUGAAAGGCCAGUUUACUAUGAAAGGAUUGAAUACAAGCCAUUAUACUCAUAUGGCCCGAGCUUGCUAUAUCCAAAUCUCUUUUAUCCAUAUGAUUUAGUCCCAAAUCCAAUGAUGCUUGCACCUUCUAAUACUAAAUAA